AUGACUGAUGAACGACCAAUACAAACAACCAGUACACUGCAUGGUGAUAAUCCUCAAAAUCAUCCAAAUGCAUCAGUUGGUAUUUCUGUAUUACUUGAACGGAUCAGUGUACUUCGAAAUGAUAACAUUACUUUACAAGAACAAAUAGUACAAAAUGUGUUACAAUUUCAACAACAAGAAAAACAGACCGAUGAAAUAUUAGAAAAAACUCUUCGUCAUUUAUCAAUGACAAAUGAUAAUUUGACCAUUGAAAAUAAUAAUUUGAAAGAAGAAGUAUCUAAUUUAAAACACCAAAUGAAUCGUCUUAUUGAAGAUAAAAAUCAAUUACAAAAAGAAAAUAAUAUAUUAAAACAACAAGUUAAUGAUUUACAAUGA